AUGACGCCGCCCGUCAACCGGAAGAAGAAGUUUCACCGGCGAAGCAGGAACGGUUGUGUAGCCUGUAGGAAGCGCCAUAUCCGCUGCGAUGAGACGAAGCCGUUCUGCACAUGGUGUCUCCAGAAGGGUACCCUUUGCGAGUACCAGGAGGACUCAGGCUCUGAGGCCCAGGCCAAAUACAAAUACCCGGCUCUGCUGCCAAAGUGCUCCGUUAGUGACAUGACACCCAAUCACCAGCUGGCCGGUUACGCGGUUGAAAUGCCCGCCGAGUCGAGAUGGCUAUUCCACCAGUUCUCCACUUUUGCGUUCCAUGCGCCGAAGGGGGUAGAACGGGGCCAGAAUAAUGCGGCAACCCUCUCAAACCCCAGUGCUCUACACGCUAGUCUCGUCCUCUCAGCCUGCCAGCUUGCCUGGAUUACAGAUAGUGUACCCCGAAUCAAGGUUGCGUAUUACUACCAUAAAGCGGCAGCGUACCGAGCCAUUCGAGAGCAGGUUUCCGAUCCUUCCAAGGCCACCAGCGAUCUCAAUCUGACGGUUAUCGCAAUGCUCGGAACCGCCGAGCCUGGCCUCCCUCAGCGGAUGAUUGCCAUAGCGAGAGAUAACUUCCAGAGCGGCAAGAACCUACAUCUCCUCUCCAACAUUGUCCACGACACGACUCUCCUAGGCCUUGUCUCCAUCUCAGCCUACCCCGACCCCUCCACCAAUGCUAAAGGUGGCGACGGCUACCGCGACACAUGCGCGCAACCUAAAACACCUGGAGAGCAAGCGUGGGUCAAGUGUGUCAAGCUCUUGGACCAAACCCUGACUCGCAGAUACUCUUCUGGAAUCGGCAACGCGUUCAACCGCCACGUCGACAGCAGCAAGACGGCCUUCAUUACAUUGUUCAUGUACCUUUACGCUGCUCUACCCCAGUUCAAUCUCGAACCCGCCUUGACGUUUUGGUUGUUAGAGCAGAUGAGCUGUGAUGUCGAGGAUAAGGAGUAUGCCAUGGUGGCGGGCAUAUGGAGUAGCCAGUUUUGGAUAUGGGCUGUUAUGUUUGGUGCCGCUGUUGCGUCUGCCUGUAAAGUUAAUGCAGCCGCUGAGGAGAAGGAACUACGCAAGUGGAGGGCGUUUUAUGAUGAGAAGAUGAGGUUCUUUGCCGAAACCAUCAAGUCGCGCAGGUGGCAGGAUAUCCGGUGCGAGAUUUGGCAGCCCGAGUCCGAGCAGGGCUUCAAUCUGGACGACGACUUGAGAAUGCUGUGGGUCGAGGCUGUCGGGGUGGAAGAUGAGACUUGGGGGACUCUUCCUAGAGAUGUCUAG